GCGACUGUGUAAUGGAAUCGGGAAGCCACGAAGCGAUUUCCCGGUACUUUGUGCGAUGUCUCGCUUGGCCGACUACUUUGUCGUGGUAGGAUAUGACCAUGAGAAAGACAGGGGCGGCACAAGUUGUGGAAAAAUAAUACAGAGAUUUCCGGACACAGACUGGGAGAGCUGCCCUUUCACACACGGAAUAGAACAUUUUUGUCAGCCAGUAGGAUGGAGGCUAUCAAGCCGCCGGGAGCCGCCAGAAUUUUUCGUGGCAGUGUUGACGGACAUAGAUGCAGAUCGGCACUACUGUACAUGUCUGACAUUCAGCGAGACAAUCGCUAUCACCAGUACCAAGGGAGAUGACCCAGAUGGGGACGAGCCUUCGGGGGUUCACAGCUCUCUCAUGUUCGCCCCGAAGUCCCUCGUCCUUGUUUCACGACUCGACUACUUUGACGUGUUCAGGAACUGCCUAGGAAUAAUUUAUUCAACAUAUGUUGACAAGUUGGACUACCAACUAGAGUCCCUGGUGGGCAACAUAUUGGGCUCUAUCCAGGUACCUCCUAUAGGCGGACCUCAGGUAAGGUUCUCGAUCGGUGCUGGGGAUCGCCAGGCAUUACAGCCACCUCUCAGUGCAGGCAUCCCUGUAUCUUGUUACACGGUGGCCCUUCUCUUCAAACAGCUGGGUAUACAGAAUACCUUGGUGCUUUUCUGUGCAGCAUUGACGGACCACAAGAUAUUGUUUCAUUCACAGAGUAACACUCGUCUGACUGACGCCUGUCGAGCCCUCACUGUGCUAUUUUAUCCCUUCAAAUACAGCUAUGUAUAUAUCCCUAUCCUACCUGCACCAUUGAUAGAAGUGCUCAACACUCCAACCCCAUUCCUGGCUGGUAUCCAUUCUGCCCUCAUGGACGAUACCUAUGAUCUCCUAGAUGUAAUCGUUGUAGACUUAGACGGAGGAAGUAUAUUUAUUCCUGAAUGUGUAAACACGCCUAUGAUUCCUGAACCAAUACUCACAAGGACAAAGAAAAGCCUAAAGAUGGUCUUGAACCCCGAUCUACUUGCUGCUGACCAUGCAUUUCCAGCACCGCCUCCUAAGAAACCUAUCUCACUUGAACAGAAGGACAAGGAAAUCCGUGCCAUAUUCAUUCGUAUGUUCGCUGAAGUUUUCGCUGGAUACAGAACUUGUCUGGCGCUGAUCCGUAUCCACCCUGAACCAUUCAUCACCUUCCAUAAGGCAAACUUCCUUGGUCACAAAGGAAUGGUGGAAGAUGACUUUCUCGUGCGUGUGCUAGACGCAAUGGCCUUUGGAGGCUUUGUAGCUGAGCGAGGGCCUCCCUACCGAGUCUGUGACAUAUUUGAUGAGGUGUACGCCGUGCUGCAGGAGCAGCUGAAGGACGAAGCUAAUGACCCAGAUAAAACCAUGAUUAACAUCAGGGAGAUCGCCAAACAACUCCAUACUAACGAGACUCCCAACCCGCAGCCCUACGUACAGAAGGUGCCGAAGCCCACAGAGGGGGCCUACUCACGUAUCCACCAGCCACCUUUUCCGUACCUUGACUGGGUACACAUACAGAAGAUCGUGGAUGAAGGCGUGCACAAACAACCGGUCAAGACCAAGUUCAAUAACCUACGGCCGCCACAGCUGAGAAUCGUGCCGAUUGGUCCUACAAUUACGCUCAUCACCGACCGAUUCAGAAUCGUGGAUAAUAAUGCCCGCCGUCUGGAGGUCCUACGAAAUUGUGUCACAUUUAUCUUUGAAAACAAAAUCACGGAUGCAAGAAUUAUAUUCCCGGCAGUGCUGCGGGCCCUGAAGAGUAAAGUGGCGCGGCUAAGUCUAACACAGGAACUCAGUUACCACAUACGCAGUAACAGGGCCAUGCUGGAGCAUCAACAGUUUGAUCUAGUCGUAAAACUCCUCAACUGUGCUCUACAGAAUGACUCCAGUAUGGAUGAGAAUGGGAUAGCAGCAGCCAUUCUUCCCCUUGCCACAUCCUUCUGUCGGAAACUGUGUACAGGUGUGAUCCAGUUUGCCUACACCCUAGUGCAGGAGCACCCAGUGUGGACCAACCAACAGUUCUGGGAGGCGUCGUUCUAUCAGGACGUCCAGAAACAGAUCAAACAGCUGUACCUACCCCAGUAUGAGGAACACAUGAUCAUGGAGAAGAAACGUGACAGUUCUUAUAGCCCUCCACAGUACAGAAACGAAGAUGAAUUGAAUGUGCCCUCCUACCGUGGCUCGUCUACAACACCAGAUGCACAGCGACGGCUGUCGAGCUUCAAACCCAGACAGAUAGGGGCGCUGGAAAUUGCUGCUGAACAGUUACGGGUUUGGCCCAAUCUCAGCUCCGAGCAGCAGCUUGAGAUGACGAACAAUGAGGAGUCGACGGUGUACAGCCAGGCAAUCCACUAUAGCAACAGAAUGGUGUACAUGAGGGUGCCCCUGGAGACAACCAAACCCAUCAAAACCAUCUCGCCGCACGACUGGGAGAGCAACAGUAACAGUAACAUCACUGCCAGUCUGGCAGAGAGUGACAGCAUUGAUGCUGAGAGUGGUUUCGAUGAGACAGAAAUCUCGGACGUUGGAGCGACAGUGGUGCGGUUUGUGACCAGGUUCGUGGACAAAGUGUGCAACGACAGCGGAGUGACUCAGGAUCACAUCAAGGCUCUGCACCAAAUGAUUCCAGGGGUGGUGGCCAUGCAUAUUGAAACACUGGAGGCAGUCCACAGGGAGAGCAAGCGUCUACCGCCCAUACAGAAGCCAAAGAUCCUGAAGCCAACCUUACUGCCAGGAGAAGAGGUGGUGAUGGACGGUCUGAGGGUGUACCUCCUCCCCGACGGUCGAGAGGAGGGCAUGGGGAGCAACAUGGGGGGACCCAGUCUACUGCCAGCCGAGGGGGCCAUCUUCUUAACAAACUACAGAAUCAUCUUCAAAGGCAUCCCUUGUGACCCUCUUGCGUGUGAGCAGGUGGUAGUGCGGUACUUCCCCGUGUCGACCCUCACUAAGGAGAAGCAGAUUAAGGUCCAGUACACUCCUCAUAUAGACCAGCUGCCCAAGGACGGCAUCCAGAUCAGGUCCAAUAUAUUCCAGCUGAUGAAGAUCGCCUUCGACGAGGAGGUGAACACGGAGGAUGUUGACGCCUUCAGAAAGCUCUCCAACAAGUACCGUAACCCUAACAACGUGUUCAACACCUUCGCCUUCUCUGGCCAGACGUUACUCCAACCGACACCUCUGCACAAACACAAGGAGAAAAAUGCCUCUCUUAAACAUUUCGCUAAGAAAACAUUAAUAAAAACGGUACGGAAGGCUGGUAUAAAGCCCAAACAGUCGGGAAGGAAACCCAACAAGUAUGUGCUUCCUACUCCUCCUCAGCAGCGACGGAGUAUAGCCUCGCGAUCAUCUGCGGCAGGAUCAGACAGCGAAUCUGAUCGCCCGCCAAGCGAGCUCUACGAUGACCUAUCAAUUAUAGACGAGGCAGAUUUCCCCCUGAAUUUGGCCGCUGACCCCAAGUUCCUGGAGAAACUGAUGACCAGGCCCGGCUACAAUGAUUACAAACGUCUCGGCUUCGGGGAUCUGAUGAGCGGCGGUCAGACACUCAGGACGAGGACAGAUCUGUUCAGAAUCAGUACUGUCAAUGCCAGCUAUUCAGUCUGUCGAAGCUAUCCUGCCCUCCUAGUUGUGCCGGCAUCAGUGACAGAUAACAGUAUACGCAAGUUUGCCCGCACUCAUAGGCAAUCGAGGUUCCCUGUGAUAACGUGGCGCCACCAGAGAACCAAGGCCCUCUUACUUCGGGCGAGUGGCUUUCACAGCCGCGGUCUAAUGGGGAUGCUCAAACCAGAAGGUGGCUCAGGUACAUCGGGAGGGGAGCCGUCUACCAGUCUGCAGCAGGAACGCUACUUCUCAUCCAUCGUAGGGGCAACACCCAACAGUGGGCGUGUCUACCACCCCUCGUGUAGCGACUCCCUCACUAGUCUCGACUCGCUUAUGAUGGUGGAACAGCCGAUCACAUUGCCCGACACUCCAGACUUGAUGAGGCGUGCAAUUAAGACUGGCAGCAUGGUGAAACCAAAGACCACCUUUUUGAAGGACAUAGCUAGUCGAGAGUCCCUUACUUCUAUCCUCUCAGACACGGCCAGACGAAGUAUGUUUUCCCGGGCUGUCAGCACUCUCCGGUCCAGCAGUUCUCGAAGUCAUGGCACCUUCCUCACCCUACCUCGGCGAUCACGGUCACGAGCUGGCUACUGGCAAACGUUCGGCAGAAUUGGCAGCAUUAAGGAUAAGUCACGGAUGAGCGGCACUGCCAGCCUUGACUCAUCUGCCGCUCGCCUAAACGGGGCGCUGAGUGACGGUAACUAUGGUGAGCGUAGCCAUGGUGAUCUCAUCAACAGUUCUGUACAGGGCCUGAAGCGUGUAGCUCUCUAUGUGCUCGGGGAGAAGGCCCAGAUGAAGGGUAUAAAAACGGAAUCUUUCCCCAAGUGUGACUUCAUACCUGUUGACUUCUAUGAGGUGCGACAUGUCAAGGCCAGCUUUAAAAAGUUGAUGAGGGCAUGUGUUCCAAGUGCCCCUCCCACACAGGAAAACACGUUUUAUAAGGCGGUCGAGGAAUGCGAGUGGCUCCUACAGAUACAGAACAUCCUACAGCUGGCUGGAGCGACCGUUGACCUGUUAGAUGUACAGGGGUCUUCAGUGAUGAUGUGUCUGGAGGACGGCUGGGAUUUCACCACACAAGUAGUGUCCGUGGCCCAAAUUCUCCUCGACCCGUACUACCGCACAAUAGAAGGCUUCCGCGCCCUUGUGGAGAAGGAAUGGCUGUCUUUUGGACAUAGAUUUACGCACCGCAGUAACCAGACGGCUGCCAACCAAGCCAGUGGGUUCGCUCCCCUGUUCCUGCAGUUCCUUGAUGUCGUCCAUCAGGUGAUGAACCAGUUCCCGCUGUCGUUUGAAUAUAACGAUUUUUACCUGCGCUUCUUGGCCUACCACUACGUCGCCAGCCGGUUCAGGAGCUUUAUGUUAGAUAACGAGUACGAACGUAUGGAGGCGGGCUGGUUAUGCGAGGAGAGGAAGACUCCCAAGAUUGACGACACAGACUUAGAAGGGGGUUUCGCCACUCGUCAUCAGCACCAAUCAAGUCUGGGAAUGUCCGUCUGGGACUACAUCGAUAAACAUCACCGCAAGUCAUCCAUCUUCUGGAACUUCUACUACAGCCCACAUGACCAAGAGGUGGUGCUGAGGCCAUACUCCAACAUGUCCAACCUGUGUGUCUGGGAAUACUACCUAACGGAGGACCUGGCUCACGGCCCGCCGUACGAGGUAGAGGUCACACAACGCGAGAUACAACUCAAUGAGGAGGAGGCUGCAGAGAGUUCGGGUCAGAGGACUCGCAAGGUCGUCAAUGGUUGCUAUGACAACAUCCGAAUACAACAGCCUGAUGCUUUUACAUGGCAGCUACAGGAGAUGUAUAAGAUAGAGAGUGACCUGGGGCUGCUACCGCAGAAGUGGAAGAAUGUCUGGGACAAAAUAGAACGUCCAAACCGAGAGACCAUCCAUAGGAACGCCUCCUUCAACACUCAGAUGGUGCGCUCACAUGGUCGCUCCAUACACAAGCGCUCCACGCUGGAGAUCCUCGUCAAGGGCAAGAUGCUGGGUGAGGCGGCAAAGAUGUUCAGCCAGCCCCACAGGUUUGAGAAGUACACGUACACCACACCUGUGUACUGUGACUACUGCUCACAGGUCCUGUGGGGGCUUCUCAAGACAGGCAUGCACUGUGCAGAUUGUGGCUACAACUGUCAUGAGAAGUGUGUCAACAAUGUACCAAAGAACUGUACCAAGCUCAAGAUUGUCGACGAUAGCAACAGCAGCUCCAACGUGUCUCGGGCAGGGGGCUCCGAGUCUGGGUCUGUCACAGGGGUGACAACAGUACCCAGUAGUACCCCAGGGUUUGAACAGAUGUCGUCUGGGAGCGGGGAACAACAGACAUAUGAGGGAUACCUAUACAAACGAGGCGCCCUGCUCAAGGGAUGGAAACAGCGCUGGUUUGUCCUUGACUCUACAAAACAUCAGCUGAGGUAUUACGACGCCAUGGAAGAUUCAAGUUGUAAAGGGUACAUUGAAUUAUUGGACAUCCUGUCAAUACAGCCGAUCAAAAAUGUGCAAGGAGCGCCGAAGAGAUCAGAUGAAAACGCUUUCUUUGAGAUGGCAGAGUCAAGUGACUUGAAGGAAGCACUGUAUACGUAUUAUUAG